AGAGCACAGCGUUGAAACAGGGACUUCCCUUAGCCUCCAUCAUCUGCAGGGAGGGAAACAGACUUUCACACACACACACUGCCUCCCACGUACACACACACGUACACCGCGCCGAGCGCUAGCAAGAGGCUUCACACGAAAUCCAGACAAAGGGACUGUAACCUGCAACGAUGGAGGAAAACAUGGAUGAAUCCCAGAGCCAGAAAGGCUGUAAGGAGUGCUGUGAGCGAUGCGUCGGCAGUCUGCCCUGGGCCUCCCUCAUCGCCACCAUCCUCCUCUACAUGGGCGUGGCCUUGUUCUGUGGGUGUGGCCACGAGGCUCUGAGCGGCACCAUCACUAUCCUCCAGAACUACUUUGAGGUGGUCCGAGCUCCUGGAGAUGUCCUGGACGUGUUCACCAUCAUCGCCAUCCUGAAGUACAUCAUCUAUGGCCUCGCAGCUGGUUUCUUUGUGUUUGGAGUGCUGCUGCUGGUGGAGGGCUUUUUCACCACGGGAGCCAUCAGGGAUCUCUACGGCGAGUUCAAGAUCACCGCCUGUGGACGCUGCCUGACUGCAUUCCUGAUGGUUCUGGCCUACCUUUUCUUCCUGGUUUGGCUUGGAGUGACGGCAUUCACCAGCCUCCCGGUCUUCAUGUACUACAACGUUUGGGCCAUGUGUCAGAACGCCAGCUCAGUGGAGGGAGCCAACCUCUGCCUGGACCUGCGUCAGUUUGGAGCGGUGACCAUCUCGGAGGAGAAGAAGGUGUGCAUGGGGUCUGAGAAGUUCUUCAAGAUGUGUGAAUCCAACGAGCUGGACUUGACCUUCCAUCUGUUCGUGUGUGCGCUGGCGGGAGCAGGAGCCGCUGUCAUCGCCAUGGUCCACUUCCUGAUGGCCCUGGCCGCUAACUGGGGCUACCUGAAAGACGCCAGCCGGAUGCAGAAGUACGAAGACAUAAAGUCAAAGGAGGAGCAGGAGCUGCACGACAUCCACUCCACGCGCUCCAAAGAACGCCUCAAUGCCUACACAUAAACCCAGAGCUGCCGGAAACAACACACACUUACCUGUCAGACACACACACACACACACAGACACACACACAGCGGCUGAUACAAGCCUGAGGACAGCAUAAAUCCACCAGACAGGAGAAACACACACACACAGAGACGAGAAGGCAGAAACAAGAUGACAACUCAGACACCAUCAUCAUCCUCGUGUCUGCAGCAGAUCAUUGGCUCUGGUGCUUUUUUUAACCUGACCUUAAACUAAACACAUCAGCUCCGGUUCUUAAGAACCUACUUGUGAUAUUUCUUGACUCAAAGGUCCCCAAAAAUGUGUGAGACGUUACUGAGAAAAAAAUGAUUACAGCACAAGAUUUACAGAAACCAGCAUAACCAACAGAGACCAAAAACAAUGAGCCAGAAGAACCCAAAGAAAAGUGCAGCAGGGCUGAAUUUGGUGAAAGUUUCUGCAUCCCUGCUGAAGCCAGCAAUCCCCGGCAGACACGGGAUGAGUUUGGUGUCUAGGAGCUCAUCAACCAAUAAGCUUCCCCUUUAUUUGACCUGCAGCAACCCCCCCCCCCCCCCCCCCCCCCCCCCACACACACACACACACACACACACACACACGGAGACAUGUAGAUGUGACUGAAUGGUCGGUGUUGUGCAGGCAGUGUUGUUCGGUGGUGUCAUGCUGUGUUGUGUCCUUUCACCGCACUACGAUGGCCGGUGCUGCAGAGAAAUAAGGUCCCCAGAGGAGAUUUGUGCCUCCUGGGUGCAGAUGGGUAGCUUUGCCCCCGCCCCCCCACCCCCCCACCCCCCAAAACCAGUCCCCCCAACCUGGAGACCAGUUUCACUGCUGGCUCCUAAAAUUAUUCAACUUCCUGAUCUAGAACCAGCAAAACGAAGACAUUAGAUCGAUAAAAGUCCAGAAUCUAAAAUUGCUUCAUUCUUCCCGUGUGAAACUAUCGAGCAAACAGCAAUGAAAAUUAUUUAAAAAAACUCCAGGGAAGCUGGUCCCCCCCCCCCCAUCCUUACCCCCGGAUUGUACAAACUUGUUGUUUGUCCUCAGAGACAGCACAUCCUAGCAGCACAAAGUCUUUUUGUCCUGUUAUCCGUCUGUUUUCAUCAUGAUUUUCCUCACUUUUUGCAGGAUUUUUGAUUAUUUAUGUGUAAUUAUAGCACUGAGGGUAUUUGAGCGGGAGGUCAUGGGUCAGCUGGGAAUUGGGUUUAUGUCACAUGUUCAUGUAAUGAGUCUGUAUUUCAGUGGUUCUGCACAAACACUCACACAUGCAAGCACACGAACACACACAGCUUCAUUCUGUUGUCACGAUUUCUUCUGUUCUCAACCAGCCCGAAUGUGACCAAAUGUUCUCUGUAAGUUAGAAAACCACCGAUAGGAACGGCUAACGUGUCAGCGGGAGGCAGGCGGGUAAGAACGGGGUUUUUACUGCAGGAUUUAAGUCCCAGAACAUCCUGAAGGUGCUGCUGGGAACACUCUGACCGCCGUAGUGAAGGUGGGAGGCAGCAGGAGGAAAGGCCGGAACGAGAGACGUCCAGCGAAUAAGCUACAUGUUCAGGAUUAGUUUUCUGGAGGGUUUGUGUGGUUUUAAAACUUAUUCGGUGUCUUACACAGCGAUCUCCUCAGGUGCUUCAGAGCUGGAAGCUGGAAUCUGGAUGAUUUGGGACCAGCUCCAGAUAGAAUCAGAUGCUUGAGAUGUUGACUUCUAAAUCAACUUCUCACCUUAAAUUUUGCCAGAUUUGACCAGAGAGCAGCUCAGUCUCUGUGAGAUGCAGCGUCCUCAGCUCUUCAGACUAAAGAGACAGACUUAGUUUCCUGAUUUCAGUUUGUUUGACGAGUCUCUAUCGGCCAGUAGAGACGAGCCAGAGAGGUUUCUGUUAGUCUUCAGGAAAGAGCUCGAUGAGUAAGGCGACGACUUCAGUUUGAUUUAAAGACACACACACACACACACACACACACCACCGUCACUCUGAGCCAUAACUCUUUUCACUGAUGACAUCUCACUAUUUUAUUAUCAACUUUGAAACUUUUUAAAUGUGAAACUAUUUAAUUAGAAAGACAUUGUGUUUCUUUUUUCUUUUUUGUUUCUGCGCGGGCAGUGAGAAGGACUGCCCCUGCAGCAACGCUGUAUAAAGAUAUACAUAUAUGUGAGACAGUGGAGGCGAGCAGCCGGGAGGACGGACUCCUGUCGGCUCCAGAGUCUGGAGGAGGCGGCUCAGUCCCAAUGUCCUGGGCCCACGCUCCCUGCAGGAAGCUGCAUUCACACCCAGGCACGGCUGGACUUAAACGAGCUCAAAUUAAUCCGCAGCAGAGAAGAAGAAAACCGGGCCGGACGUAGAACCCCAUGCAGACGGCACCUGUCUGCAGGGCCGUUGAAUAGGGGGGAAAAAUAGGGCAAUUCCAAGGGCCCCCGACUCACAGGGGCCCCCAAAAA